GAGAACGGGGUGCUCCUUAAGGUGCGGCCCGCCCAGUUGGCUCCACUCUUCCGACUGUGUGUGUUCUCACUUCUCGGGCUUCGCUUGGUGCGGCAAAGUUCGGAGGAGGCUGCAAGCUCUGUACGGGACGGCGUUAACACCAUGAAGGCCUUCAUCAUCCUGCUGCUUGUGGGACUUGUCCUGGCAGUGGAGGCAAAAAAGCACCAUGCAUCAAAGCACGUAAAAAAACACUUCACAAAGAAGCCCAAGGAUGCUGUCGAUAUUGUUGCUGAAGAUGAAAAUGCCAGCAUUUUGAAAGACAAAAGUGCAGAGCUGGAUGCCGAACGUGUCCUGAAGGAUCCUUGCAGCAAGGUUCGCUGUGGCCCUGGCAGGGAGUGUGUCAUCAAUGAUGACUUGACUGCCACAUGCGAGUGCGUCACAAAGUGCCAACCUGAGACUGAUCCUAGGAGAAAGGUCUGCAGUAAUCACAACCAGACGUGGGACAGCGACUGUGAGCUCUAUCAAAUGCGAUGCCUGUGCGAGGAUGACAAGGAAGGCUGCAAGGGAGAAAAGUACGAGCACAUUCACGUCGACUAUUAUGGAGCCUGCCGAGAAUUGCCCAAGUGUGUGGAAGAGGAAAUGGAAGACUUCCCACGCCGCAUGCGUGAGUGGCUUUUCAAUGUGAUGCAAGAUCUGGCCAGGCGGCAUGAGCUCAACGAGCCCUACAAGAAGCUUGAAGAAGAAGCAGAGAGCCUGCAGAGCCGCCAGUGGGUCAACGCUGUAAUCUGGAAAUUCUGUGAACUCGACAGCCACCCUCAUGACCGGGCCGUUUCGAGACACGAAUUGUUUCCCCUCCGUGCCCCUCUCCUAUCCAUGGAGCACUGCAUCGCUCCAUUCCUGAAUGGAUGUGACAAGAACGAUGACCACACCAUCACCCUCAAGGAGUGGGGAGAAUGCCUGGGCCUUGAGGAAGGUGAAAUCCAGGACAGGUGUGCUCAGAUAACUGCCUAGUGCCUUCAUCUUGCCCAAACAACAAAUGCUGCACCAGUGCCUCGCCAAGAUCACAACGCAUUUCACAACUUGUACACUGCCAUUUUGUAUAUUCUAUGGAUGCGCUGCCGUCAGUGCAUAAUGCAUUCGCUUUACCAGCUCUUGCCUGGAAAAGAAAAAUUUUUUUUCGAAAAACUAUUGUUGUUGCUGCCUCAUGCUGCCUGUAGCAAGACUUUUGUAGUGCUAUUUGCAGAAAAUAAAGGUACUUAAGAAAAGUCGA